UUACGCGCCACAGAUGGGCUACAUGCCGCAGGGGGGCUUUCAGCCGCCUGCGGGCCCACCCACGUCUGGCUACCAACCGCCCCCGGGACAAGGCUACCCCAUGCCAGUUCAGGGAGUACCACCACCGACACACACGGGUGGCCAGGGACCACCGCCUGGUUCUAUGCCUCAGGGGCAGCCACCGGCCACUACUGGCGUGGAGUACUCGCCCUACAUUAUGCAAGGUAUGGUGACGUCUAUGCCAGGCAUGCAUCCACAACAAGGAAUCCCUCCCACGACACAGUUUGCACCGCAUCCCGGAGUGAUGGCCCCACCGCAAGGAGGCCAAAUAGGGAUGUACCCCCCUGCGUCAGCAGUGCAGCAGGGCCAGUCUGGAGCACCACUACCGCAGGGGAUGUACGGACAAGGGCCUACAUCUGGGAACCAAGCAAUGCACCCACCACCCCAGCAGCAACAGCAGCAACAGCAACAGCAGCAGCAGCAGCAACAGCUCCUCGAUUCUCAACUCAUAUCUUUCGACUAACAGUACUCGGUGUUCCCCGUGGGGUUUCUUUUAAGAGUAGGUUUUCUUUUAGGAAUGCAAAUGGUAUUCUGAUUCAUUGAAGCUGCACCAAUGCUAAUUCGAAGUCAGAGCUAUUACUUAUCAAGUACUUAUCUAACCAGCUUGGUCAUUAGUUUUGUUUAGUUCGAGCCCCCGAACAAAGAUAAAACAUGAAAAACAUGACUAUUCGUGAAAAAGUCACCGUGCAAAUUGUAAAGAUCCAUUUUACACAGCUAGUCUUACUUUGAGUGGUCGGAAGUUCUUAAAUUGACUACAGUAAAAACCCGCGUAUAAGAACAUAGAUUUUUCCAAGUUAGCCU